AUGAAAUACCUCGCUCUCCUCACCACCUGCGCCGCCCUCCUCCCAGGCGCCCUCUCAGCCGGAAUCACCGUCUGGGACGGGCCCGACUGCACGGGCAAGCAGACCGACGUGCACUUCAACGCUGACAGCACCGUGACCAACAUCCCGGCCUUCUACUCGUACAAGGAGAACGGAUGGGGCCAGCACGAGCAGCGGAUCCAGUUCUAUACGCAGAGCGGGGCGCCCGGACAGUGCAGCGGCAACUUCCUGUACGAUACGUGGGCCUACGACGGCGACUACUUCCACUCGCACCAGUGCUACAAUCUCAUUGAUCACCCGAACACGUACGAGUACUAUGCGCGCUGCAUCAAGUCGAUUCGUCAGACUUAG